GUAGCCCUAAAAUUCAUCAACCUCAGACCACAAGUACUCGAACUGUUUCGAGGGGAAGAACACAGUCUGAAAUCGAGGAGGAGUGGCUUGCUAGAUCGGCGGGAAUACAAUACGUAACACUCUUCGAGCGAUUGGGCUAAAUCUUUCUGCUUUUCUAUGGCGGUUGAAAGACUUUUUAAAGAUGAAGCCACUGAAGAAAAGGGUGAACGAGCCCGAAUGGCAUCCUUUGUUGGAGCCAUGGCAAUAGCUGACUUGGUAAAGACGACAUUAGGGCCUAAGGGAAUGGAUAAAAUAUUACAAUCAACAGGUAGAGGACAUAGUGUCACGGUGACUAACGAUGGUGCCACCAUCUUAAAGUCCCUUCAUAUUGACAACCCUGCUGCUAAGGUCCUUAUUGACAUCUCAAAAGUGCAAGAUGAUGAAGUGGGUGAUGGGACUACUUCAGUGGUAGUUUUGGCUGGGGAACUUCUAAGGGAGGCUGAGAAGUUGGUAGCCACAAAGAUUCAUCCAAUGACAAUAAUAUCAGGUUAUCGUAUGGCUGCUGACUGUGCACGAAGUGCGUUGUUAGAAAGGGUCAUGGAUAACAAAGAGGAUGCAGAGAAAUUCAGAUCAGACUUAAUGAAGAUUGCAAUGACCACUUUGAGUUCUAAAAUUCUUUCACAGGACAAGGAACACUUUGCAACAUUGGCUGUUGAUGCUGUUAUGAGGCUAAAAGGCAGCACAAACUUGGAGUCAAUCCAGAUCAUUAAGAAGGCCGGGGGGUCAUUAAAGGAUUCUUUUUUGGAUGAGGGAUUUAUUCUAGACAAAAAGAUUGGUCUUGGGCAACCUAAACGAAUAGAAAAUGCAAACAUUUUGGUUGCAAACACUGCAAUGGAUACUGACAAAGUGAAAAUCUACGGAGCACGUGUCCGUGUUGAUUCAAUGGCUAAGGUUGCUCAAAUUGAAGGAGCUGAAAAAGAAAAAAUGAGGGAGAAGGUGCAAAAGAUCAUCGGUCAUGGUAUCAACUGCUUUGUUAACAGACAAUUAAUCUACAAUUUCCCAGAGGAGUUGUUUGCAGAUGCAGGAAUUCUCGCAAUAGAGCAUGCUGAUUUUGAUGGCAUUGAGCGUCUGGCUUUAGUUACUGGUGGUGAAAUUGCGUCGACCUUUGACAAUCCAGAAUCUGUUAAACUUGGGCACUGCAAGCUCAUUGAAGAAAUUAUGAUUGGUGAGGAUAAGUUGAUCCACUUUUCAGGUGUUGAAAUGGGACAGGCCUGUACCAUUGUUUUGAGAGGUGCAAGUUUUCAUGUUCUUGAUGAAGCAGAAAGAUCCCUGCAUGAUGCCUUAUGUGUGCUGUCUCAGACCGUAAAUGAUAGUAGGGUUCUUCUUGGCGGUGGAUGGCCAGAGAUGGUGAUGGCAAAGGCAGUGGAUGAAUUGGCCCGAAAAACACCUGGGAAGAAAUCUCAUGCUAUUGAUGCUUUCUCACGGGCACUGCUUGCAAUCCCUACAACUAUUGCCGACAAUGCUGGUUUGGACAGUGCCGAAUUGAUCGCCCAACUUCGUGCAGAACACCACAAAGAGAACAGCAACGCAGGGAUCGAUGUGAUUACUGGCUCUGUUGGAGACAUGGGGGAGCUUGGAAUAUCAGAGGCUUUUAAAGUGAAGCAGGCUGUUUUGCUGUCGGCAACUGAGGCCGCAGAAAUGAUUCUGAGAGUUGAUGAGAUCAUCACUUGCGCCCCGAGGAGGAGAGAAGACAGAAUGUGAAGAAGAUGAUUAAUGGUUGUGUUAUUAGGGUGUGUGCUGUCGUUUAGACGUUUUUGCCAAGUAAAAUUUUGCGACACUGGGUUGAUGUGAUGAUCGGAACCGGACAAGUGCUUGUGGAUUGGUUUUGUUUCAAGUGAAUUCAUUAAGCCCUUAGUUGAUUCUAAUUUGUGUUCAUGGUGUAUUUUAAGAUGAAGGGAUUUGAACCUUUUUGCUAUGGAUGCUUGGAUUUUGCAUCACAGACCACAAAUAGAGUCGAAUCAUUCAAUUUGUAAGCUUUUUGCACAAA